GCCAUCCAAGGCCGGUUAACCAGUGAGUGACCAAUGCACUCUCUCUCUCUCUCUCUCUCGGCCACGAUCACCAACGGCGGUAUGCUAUGCGAUGUCGUCAUAGUUGGCCCCCCCUCUCUCUGUUCCCGGCUCCGGUGGCUGCUCGCCAGAUGGCAACGGGGGCUGCGGCGGCUGCUGUUGCUGCGAAGCCAGCAGACACGUGGACACCACACCACACCCCACACACACGAAUCACGUGUGUCUCCCCACACACACGAAUCACGUGUGUCUCUGUCCAUCUGCUCAAGGGCGCACCUGUGCUGCCGGCUGCUGCUGCUGCUGGUGCUGCUGCUGUGGUUGUUGCUGUUGCUGUUGCUGCUGCUGCUGCUGCUGCUGCAUUUGCAUGAUUGCCUGCGCCUGCACAUGGGCCUGCUGCAUCUGGCACCACACACACACAUACACACAUGCAGAGAGAAGUGCGUCUUGCGUUGGGAGAGGGAGAGGGCGCGCGGAGGGAGGGGCAGCGGACGGACGGACAUGACAUACCAUUGCAGCCGAGUACAUCGUGGCAGCCUGCUGUGCGGGGUGGAGAAAAAAGGCGGGAGGCGCAAUCGGCGCCACGGGAGCCAUGCCGGCAUAACCACCAUACAUCGCUACACCCCAACCACACACACCAAGACGCAGUAUGUAUGUAUGAGUGCACUCACUUACUCACUCAUGUUCUUUCCCAGACGUACGUCACCGGACGAGGGCCGCGCCAUUCGUGUCGUCGUGCCGCAAGGGGGCGGGACAGGAUGACCGGGCUGCGGGGUCGUGCUCCUGUCUCAACCAGACGCGGCUGCUGCUCCUGCUGACUCACUCUUUGUUUGAAGAAGCCGUCUGAUGACGAUGCCGCCGGCGCCGCUGGUGCUGGUGCUGGUGGUGGUGCUGGUGGUUGGGACGCCGGCUGCUCUUGCUGCUCGCCUGUGUGUCGAAACAGACGAGCACGGGAACACACAUGACAUGCAUUUGUGAGUGGUGUUUGGUGUGUGGUGUGGACGUACUCGGCUGGUGCUGGUCUCCCUGACCGGACAUACUCCCUGACCAUCUGUAUUACGGAUCCUGACGCAACAUCUUACGCUUCCAAGAACCGAUCGACCAAGUCCAUCCUGAAGCAGCACGAGACCGCCAAGAAGAAGAAAUACCGCUCGGCCGUCUGCGACUCCCGCGUGACCUUCUGCCCUCUGGUGGUGACGUGUGACGGUGUGUGGGGACACGAUGCCAACGUGUUCAUCGCCCACAUGGCUCAUGCGCUGUUGGAGAAGGAGGGGUGGAAGGGUCGGGGGUUCAGUCAUGUGU